GGAGUAAUCAAAAAUUAUCAAGUUUCUUUCAUGGACAGAUUAGAAUUCAACCAGGAGAAUUUGAGUUUAACAUUAAGAAACCUGAAUCUUCAAGAUUCUGGUGAUUUUAGUUUUAACUCAGAGUUGAAUAAAAAACAAAGAAAAACAGUCAUCAUCACUCUCCGUGUUCAUGGUAAAUCUCUGUUUUUGUUAAACAAGCAUGUUAAUGAUUGUUUUUCAAGUGAGAGCUUACUAUCAAAAACAAAACAAAAGAAUUUAAGGGGGUUUAUUGUUUUACUGUCCCAGUUCACUGACACUGAAGCUCUCUCUCUCUCUUCCAUCACAUCAGAGCGCAUCACUGUUGAGCCCACCCUGACUUACACCAUCAGUUCAUCUGUCUCAAAUGAAUCCUGUACAGUUUUGCUGAACUGCAGCACAGCUUCUUACAUCAGUGUCACCUACCACUUGACUGUGGGGAACCAAAGCCAUCAAGGCCCCAGGCUGCAGCACACCAUCAACACACAAGAUGGAGACACCACCGCCACCUGCACAGUCUCCAACUUUGUCAGUAAUAUGUCUGUAUCCAGACUAGUGACAUGUGGAGGGGAGGCUGCUAAAACAGAGAGCUUUGACUUUGUACUUCCCAUGAGUGCAGCUGGAGGAGGUGUGGCAAUCAUGAUAAUAAUAACUGUUGUAGCACUGUGCAUUUGUCACCGCAAACAAAAAUCAUCAGCAAGUGACUCAAACGAACUCACCGUCUACGCAGACAUAUCUGACAUUGCAGCUGAAGAUGGGCAUUCACCUACCCUAAAGCCUUGCUCGUUGUAUGACACGAUAACGGAUGGAUAUAACUCACAUGGGAUCAAGCCCCAGACCGUGUAUGACGAGAUUCAGCUCAAUCGCAUGAGGAAGGCAUCAGUUUCGCCGUACCAGGAGAUUUCCUAG